GAGAAGAAAACAAUCAUUGGCUGAUUAAGGCUUUUUCAAUUAUAUUUGACCUUGACAAUAAUUCGCCGGGAUUUGUUAAUAUUUUCGUAAGAAGUGAUAAACUUUAGAAUGGAGCAACUGACGAAAGGUGCCUUGGAUAGAAUUAUGAACGGGGAAGACGUUGACGAACCAAUCUUACAGAUAUUGGGUCAUAAGAAGCUUUCCAGUUCAUCCAGCGGUGAUAGGUACCGGCUAUUAGUAUCCGAUGGAGUCAUGUCAAAUUCCUUUACGAUGCUCGCAACUCAAUUGAAUAAUCUUAUUACGAAUAACAUUUUAUCGGAACACUCUAUAGUUCAAAUCAAACGUUAUGCCAUCAGUAUGGUAAAUAAUGGGGGCACUCAAAGACGAGUAAUGGUGAUUCUGAAUAUAGAAGUUUUGGUUCCUGGUCACGAAGUUGGUAAAGUUUUAGGAUCGGUCAAUACUGAUAGUGCGUGCGUGCGUGCGUGCGUGCGUGCGUGCGUGCGUGCGUGCGUGCGUGCGUGCGUGCAAAAUCCAGGCUUCAAUAACCUUAAUGAUUCCAUUUCAAAUGGUGGUGGUAUAAAUACAACUCCUAUUAUUGCGUUGAGCCCGUACCAAAAUAGAUGGAUCAUUAAAGCACGUGUAACGAAUAAAUCAACUAUAAGAACAUGGUCAAAUUCACGGGGAGAAGGAAAGUUAUUCAGUUUUGAUUUACUCGAUGAAAGUGGCGAAAUUAGAUGCACAGCAUUUCGUGAUUUAUGCGAUAAGUUUUAUGAUAGGAUAGAGAUUGGACAAGUUUAUUAUAUUUCUCGCUGCCAGUUAAAACCAUCAAAUAAGCAAUUCAAUAAUUUGAAAAACGAUUAUGAAAUGACAUUAACAAAUGACUCUGAAAUAGCUCCAUGUAAUGAAGAGAGCGAGGCCAUUCCAACCUUACAAUUUAAUUUUUCUCCAAUAAAUAGUGUCGAAAUAAAAUCCAAAGACGAUUUAAUUGAUGUGUUGGGAAUAGUAAAAUCUUGUAGCGAUGUACAAGUAUUAACCGCAAGAACUUCUGGACGAGAACUUAAAAAGAGAGAUCUUAACAUCGUAGAUGAAAAUAAUGAUAUGGUCACUGUGACUUUAUGGGGUGCUCAGGCGGUAGAUUUCGAUGGCUCUACAAAUCCUGUUGUGGCUAUUAAAGGAGCGCGAAUCGGUGAAUUCAAUGGAGGCAAAAAUCUUUCAUUAGUGGUCUCAUCUAUGAUGCAGAUCGAUCCAGAUAUCCCUCAAGCACAUAAGUUGAGAGGCUGGUUUAAAGCUGUCGGUAUGACGCAAGAAUCUAGAUCUUUAUCCAAAAGCAUUGGUGGGGGAGGAACAAUGAAUGGACCGUGGUUAACGUUUAAAGAAGUCGAAAGGGAAAGAUUUGGGCAUCAAGAUAAGCCAAAUAUUUUCAUUGUAAAAGCAACGGUAAAUCUUGUUAGAGCUGAAAAUGCUCUGUAUAAGUCUUGUCCGGCGGAAGGUUGUAAAAAGAAAGUAAUCGAUCAAAGUAAUGGCAUGUAUAAAUGUGAAAAAUGUUCAAGAGAUUAUCCAAAUUUUACGUAUCGUCUGUUAGUGAGUUCGAAUUUGGUGGAUUAUUCGGGAAAUCAGUGGACAACUGCUUUCAACGACGAAGGUGAAGUAAUGGUAAAUGCUACGGCCCAAGAACUUGGCGAAUUGAAAGAAAAAGAUAACGAUGCUUAUUUAGAAAGAAUAGGAGCUGCAGCAUUCAAAUCAUAUAUUUUCAAGUUACGUCUUAGAUUAGAAACCUUCAAUGAUGAAAAUAGAUUAAAAUCUACGGUAAUUGCAAUACAACCAAUCAAUUACAAAGCUUACACGGAACAUUUAUUAAAUAAAAUUAAAGAUUUAGCUAAUAUAAAGAAAUAAAUUA